GAUUUUGAAAAGUUUUAUGGUUAAUCUACUCAAUUUCCUUACAUAAGUUUAUGACAGAUAGUAAAUUUUCUGUUUGCAGUGCAAUAAAAUCCGUCAAGAUGUCUUUUAACCCUCUUUCUGCAAUACUCAAAGAAAACAAACUCGAGGGCCAAAAUUACAUAGAAUGAAAACAAAAUUUGGAUAUCGUUCUCACAACAGAAGAGUACAAGUUUGUUCUCACUACUCCACAGCCUCCAGUUCCCGCGGCUGACGCAACGGUGGGAGUUCAGAAUGCUCAUAAACGGUGACAUAAGGCGAAUGAGAUGGCUAAGUGCUACAUGUUGGCAUCUAUGUCUUCAGUACUCAAGCAUCAGCAUUCUGCCAUGGCGACUGCCGCUGAGAUUAUGCAAAAUCUUGCAAAUCUUUUUGGUACUCAUAAUGGAACGGCUAAGUCUCAAGCUUUUCGGAGUAUCAUGACGAAGACUAUGAAGGAAGGCACAUUUGCGAGGCAACAUGUCCUCGAGAUGAUGAGCCACCUCAACCAGAUUGAGGUUUUGGGAGGGACGAUUGAUCCGAGUCCCAGAUUACUAUAAUCCUUCAGAGUCUUCCCCCUAGCUUCCAGCAGUUCAAGCUCAACUUUGAGAUGAACAAGCGGGAUUACACUUUGGCUGAGCUGCUGACUGAGCUUCAGUCGGUGGAGGACCUUAUGGUUCAAGCUAAGGUAGCUAUGCUGAGUUUGGCACCUAAUUCCUCUGGCUCUAAGCCUCGCGUAGGAAAGAAAAAGGUGUCGAACCCAGUUGCAGCUAAGAAUGCUAAGGGAAAGAAGAAGAAAAAGAAGAAGAAGAAGACCGAAAAGAAGCCUACUGGAAAAUGCUUCAGGUGUGGAGAGAAAGGUCAUUGGAAGCCAGACUGUCCUAAAAAGGGCAAGACUAUAGGUGACAAGAUGGUUACAUGAUCGUGAGAUCGAAGUCCAGCUGGGCGACGCUACUAAAGUGGCGGCCGUUGAAGUGGGAGACCUUUAUUUACGUUUUAGUAGUGAUAGAUUUUUUAUUUUGAAGAAUGUUUUGUUGAUACCUUCUUUUAGAAGAAAUUUAAUUUCAGUUU